GUCUUCGUCUCCUUGCUUUAUACAAUCCUGAAACGAAUCUUCCAGCGCGGUCUCUGUCAAAACAUAUAUAAACAGUCGAACAAACGUAUGAGAAUGGUUAUGACGAGUGUGUACCGGCGAUCUCUUCCUUCUCCUCCGGCCAUUGACUUUUCUUCUCCCGAAGGCAAGAAAAUAUUCAAUGAAGCGCUUCAGAAAGGAACAAUGGAAGGAUUUUUCAAGUUGAUUUCUUAUUUCCAGACGCAGUCAGAACCUGCCUAUUGUGGCUUGGCUAGUCUUUCUGUCGUCUUAAAUGCUCUGUCUAUUGAUCCUGGACGAAAAUGGAAAGGGCCUUGGAGGUGGUUUGAUGAAUCAAUGCUGGACUGCUGCGAACCGCUGGAAGUAGUGAAAGAAAAGGGUAUUACGUUUGAAAAACUUGUGUGUUUGGCUCAUUGUUCAGGAGCUAAAGUGGAAGCUUUCCGCACAAGUCAGAGUACCAUUGAUGAUUUCAGAAAAUUCGUAGUGACAUGCUCGGUUUCUGAUAAUUUCCAUAUGAUCUCGUCAUAUGAUAGAGGAGUAUUUAAGCAGACUGGGUCUGGUCACUUUUCACCUAUAGGUGGCUAUAACGCUGAAAGAGAUAUGGCUUUGAUUCUUGAUGUCGCCCGUUUCAAGUAUCCUCCUCACUGGGUUCCUCUUCAACUACUUUGGGAAGCCAUGGACACCAUUGUUCAGUUAACAGGGAAACAUAGAGGGUUCAUGCUCAUAUCUAGACCCCAUAGAGAACCUGGAUUGCUCUAUACACUGACCUGCAAGGAUGAAAGAUGGAUCAGCAUAGCCAAGUAUUUGAAGGAAGAUGUUCCUCGUCUUGUAAGCUCACAGCAUGUAGAUACUGUGGAAAAGAUCUUAUCAGUUGUGUUCAAGUCACUUCCAUCAAAGUUUAACCAAUUCAUCAGAUGGGUGGCUGAGAUCAGAAUAACAGAGGAUGUAAACCAACAUCUCAGCGCAGAGGAGAAAUCAAGGCUAAACUUAAAGCAAGUGGUGCUGAAAGAAGUGCAUGAAACUGAACUGUUCAAACACAUUAGUAAGUUCUUCUCCUCAAUGGAUUAUGAAGACAUUCUGACGUAUUCAGCUGCAAAGGCUUGUUGCCAAGGAGCUGAAAUAUUAUCUGGAUGCUCAUCAAAAGGGUUCUGCUGUCAGGAAACUUGUGUGAAAUGUGUCAAAGGUUCUGGCGAGGCCGAAGGAACGGUGGUGACUGGAGUUGUGGUGCGUAAUGGGAAUGAACAAAGGGUUGAUCUAUUGGUGCCAGCGACCCAAAAUGACUGUGAAUGUGGUCCAAAGGCUAAUUAUCCAGCAGGAGAAGAUGUGUUCACUGUACUUCUGCUCGCUUUAACUCCACAGACAUGGUUAGGGAUCACAGACCAAGCUCUUAUGCAUGAAAUGAAGCAGCUCGUUUCCAUGGCGUCCCUCCCAACUAUGCUUCAAGAAGAGGUAUUGCAUCUACGACGCCAACUUCAGCUGCUAAAACGAUGCCAAGAGAACAAGGAAGAGGAGGAUUUCGCUGCUCCUGCCUAUUGAUUCAUCUUACCCAAAUUCACAUAUCUUUAAUUGCCCAUUUGAAUCCCAACUUCUCAAACCCAAAACCCUAAUUCUUUGAGAGUCUCCUUUAUUAUCUGCAUGCUGCAAUCUCUAUCUGUU